GAUGAGUCGGGGGAGCAGGGGGUGCGGGGAACGGUGUAGCGGGCGAGGGGCUUGAGCUACUAGUCGUACUUGCACCUGCUCUUUCCCGCGUCUGAGGCGCAGCCUACCGUCCCAAAGCGCCGUUGGAGCGAUGGCGGCGCUCUCGGCACCUCCCGCUGACGACAUGUGACGUCACGUCCGGAGCGGCGGCGGGCUCUCGGCGCACGCGCGCUCUCCGCACCGCCCCCUGACGUCGAAGUGACGUGACUUGACGCCCGGCGACGCAGGUUGGGGGUUUUGUCUCCCGGACGCGGGAGUGCCUGCCGUCUCCCUCCGCCCGGCCGAUCGGGGCUGUUCCCCUCAGGUCGCCCGCUUACCUGCCGGCCAGUCAGCGUGCGGGGCUUGGGUUCCGCGGCCUCCCCGGACCUCUUAAGUCUCAACCGGGGUGUGGUUUUCCACUUCUAGAGGUGAAGCGUGUUAGGGAGAGUGGGACCCGCAGUCUUGGCCUAGGGUGUGUGUCUUUCAUCUCCUGUCAGGCUCACUUUUUUUUCACUCCCUAUUCUGCCUCUCCAAGAAUGAAACAUGACUGAGGACUCCCAGAGAAACUUUCGUUCAGUAUAUUAUGAAAAAGUGGGGUUUCGAGGAGUUGAAGAGAAGAAAUCAUUAGAAAUUCUCCUAAAAGAUGACCGUCUAGAUAUCGAGAAACUUUGUACUUUCAGUCAGAGGUUCCCUCUCCCAUCCAUGUACCGUGCGUUGGUCUGGAAGGUGCUCCUCGGCAUCUUGCCUCCGCACCAUGAGUCCCAUGCCCAGGUGAUGAUGUAUCGCAAGGAGCAGUACUCUGAUGUCCUUCACGCCUUGGAAGUCAUCCGCUUUAUCAGUGAUGCCACCCCUCAGAUUGAAGUCUAUCUCUACAUGCACCGGCUGGAGUCUGGGAAACUGCCUCGAAGUCCUUCAUUUCCACUGGAACCAGAAGAUGAAGUGUUUCUUGCCAUUGCGAAGGCCAUGGAAGAGAUGGUGGAAGAUAGCGUCGACUGUUACUGGAUCACGCGAUGCUUCGUGAACCAGCUGAGUAGCAAGUACCGGGACACUCUGCCCCAGCUGCCAAAGGCUUUUGAACAAUACUUGAAUCUGGAAGAUGGCCGACUGCUGAGUCACCUGAAGGCCUGCUGCGCAGUGUCCACACUUCCCUACGAGCUGUGGUUCAAGAAGUGCUUCGCCGGGUGCUUGCCCGAGUCCAGCUUACAGAGGAUUUGGGAUAAAGUUGUAAGUGGAUCCUGUAAGAUACUAGUUUUUGUAGCUGUGGAAAUUCUCUUAACCUUUAAAAUAAAAGUAAUGGCGCUGAACAGUGCAGAGAAGAUAACGAAGUUUCUGGAAAACAUCCCCCAGGACAGCUCGGACGCGAUCGUGAGCAAGGCCAUCGACCUGUGGCACAAGCACUGCGGGACCCCGGUGCACUCCGCCUGAACGUUCCUGACGCUGCGGGCAGUCUGCCAGGCCUGCUCGGCACAUUUUUUUCUUUCCCCUUGGGACGUGACCUACUCAACUGAUGAUGGGGUUCUUGCUUUGGUGUUCGAAGUGUAAUUGUUUUUCCAGUAAAAUUGCUUAAGAUAAUGUCACCGUGAAGUCACUGUGUUGUGGAACAGCAUCUUCUGGUUACACAGAAAUACAGGGUAUACUCUGAAUAGCAUUUAGAAAAACGUUUAUGGAAGUGUAGUCGAUUUACAGUGUUGUGUUAAUUUCUGCUGUAUAGCAAAGCGAUUCGGUUGUAUAUACAUAUAUAUUCUUUCUCGUAAUCUUUUAUUUUAUGGUUUCAUAAUCUUUUCCUUUAUGGUUUAUCAUACGAUAUUGAAGAUAGUGCUAUGCAAUAGGACCUUCUUGUUCUGAAUAGUACUUUAAAAGGGUUGUUGGAAAUAGCUCCCAGCUCGUAAAGCAGUUGAGUCAGGGUGGGUGGGUGCUUCAGGGAGCUGUGUGUAACCAGCCCUGCCCUGCCAUGCUUUAAUUAGCACCAAGCUAGUUACUUUCUAAGGUCCAUUUCUGGAACGAAGAACAACUUCCGUUUGUUGACAACUUUUGCUGUUGAUGGUAGUACCUGUUGAAAUCUAGGCUAACUUCCUAAAUCUUUUGAAAUCUAAAUCUGCUUUCUGAUACUUUUGCUAGAUUGGUUUAUAAAUAAAGGCUUUCUUAUGUUUUUUUUCCCCUCUUUGUGCCAGUUGGAAUGAAAUGUUACUGAAUAUAAGCGUGUCUAAAUUUACCUGCUGAGAGAGGACUUGUUGAUGCUUUGCUGGAACCACGCUUUUUCCUGAUGGGUCAUUAGAUGCAGGGUGGGCAUCAGAAAGGACUCUGCCUCCCCAGUAGGCACGGCGGAAAGGGCAGGUUCAGGUACAUAGCUGGGUGGGCGUCAGAGAGGACUCUGCCACCCCCACAAGCAUGGUGGAAAGGGCAGGUUCAGGUUAAUAGCUUAACGCCUCCCCCGCAGCCAUGGUGUCCCCGGAUGGUAACUUGUUGGUUGGACAGUUGCAGGCUUUGAGCCGGGCCAGUGAGUUGGGGCCCUUUGUCUGAGACUGACUCAUUCAGCUGCCAGACCUGCAGGAGCCCGAGUGGUGAGUUGGGUUCUCCACUCCCACAAGGAGGAGAUGAUGAAACUAUGGAGCCGUCACUCUGAGAGUUGGGUCCCUGCCUGACGUGUCCAGAGCACACCACAGGGUUGUUGAAACCGGGUGGUGCUUGUGACAGUAACAUAUCCAAGAGUAUUUAAGUUUUUUUUCUCUUGAACUUUUUAUCUUGUGUUGGGGUUUAGCCAGUUCACAUCAUGUUGUGAUCAUUUCAGGUGAGCAGCAGAGGGACUCAGGCAUACAUGUAUGUGUAUCCACUCCCCGCAACCCCUCUCCUCCAGGCUGCCUGUAACGCUGAGCAGAGUUCCCUGUGUUCUACACUAGGUCCUUGUUGCUCAUCCAUUUCACAUAUAGCGGUGUGUACAUGUCCAUCCCAAGUGCCAUACCGAUCCCUUCUCCAUCCUUACUCCCCUGGCAACCAUAAGUUCGUUUUUUAAGUCUGUGAGUCUCAAGAGUAUUUAAUUUUGUAAAAACGCUCAUAAGAAAACUUCUUAAAGCAAACUCUGUUUACAGCUAACACUUUACAUUUAUCCAGCGAUCACCUCCGCCCCUGAAGAACUUUGACUCCAGUAGGGGAUGUGAGCAAAAGUGCGUGAGGAGGAGUUCCCGCCGCUGUCGUCUGCUGUCCAGUGAGUGAACGUGGGGCUUGAGUGAAAUCCACGGAAAAGUCAUAGACGUUUAACUUCCGCCUCAUUCAUGAGCCAUGUACCAUUACGAACCAUAUAAGUUUGUACAACUUUUUGGUAGAAUAAAAGUUAUAAAUAAAGUCAA